AUCGCAGUAGCCUGCUGGCACUAUAGGCAAACGUAAAAUUUAUGGAACCCGAGCCCAUCUGAUAACCCUGGAACGAUGACGGUGCGCGGCUACAUCCGCAAGUUUUUACUGAUGAACUGGAAGAACCACAAGUUGCAGCUGGCCAAUCCGUUGGAACUGCUGGUCAUAGUACUGCUGCCGCCAUUGUUCACCCUCGUGGCGGUGCUGAUGCGGUUCUUCAUACCGGUGGAUUCCCGAUCCGAUAGGGUGUACGAUCCGAUCGACCUGGACCGCAGCUGGAUGCAGAUGGUCGAUAGGCUGCAAAAGGCGCGACAGGUGGCCGAUCAGCACAACGUUAAGGGGAACCCGUUCACGCCCCAUUUGGUCAUUGGCUGGGCACCGAAACGCUACGGGAUAUUUCAGGCCAUGAUGCGCAGGGUCCAGAAGCAAGUCGAGCCGAUGACCAUGGUGGGCUUCGAGGAUUGCGAAAAGAUGCGAGAGUCGGUGAUCGAGAACAGCCUGUUCGCGGGCCUCUGUUUCGAUGGGAGUCCCUUCAUAGAGGACCAAGUCUUUGAGGAGGACACCUUGGAGACCUACUCAAACAUUCAGCCGAUGCUCAACUACACGAUCCUCCUGCCCAGCGAACUAAGGCAGCUGGACGGCGACUUUCGGAUGGCCAAUUGGAUGACUCUGUACAAUGAAGAUCCGCACACCUUUGUGCUGAUCCGACUCAACCAACCGUAUGAGGGCGGAUUCGUUGGAUAUGUUCGCGAGGGCUUCAUUCGGCUCCAGAAGGCCGUCAGCGAAUCCUUCCUGGUCCUGACCAGUCACAAGUCCUUGCCGACCAUUCAGAUUAGACGCUUUCCCGUCACAGGCCGCAAACAGGAUCCGCUGAUGGGUAAUCUCGACUACGGCAUGUCCUUCAUAAUCAUAAUUGGGUUCCUCUUUCCCGCCCAGCUAUUCGUCUGGCAGGUGGUUUCUGAGAAGCAGUCCCAAGUUCGCCAGUUUCUGAUCAACAUGAACAUUGGCAAUCUCAUUCACUUCGUGUCGUGGUACCUCAAGGGUUUGAUAUACGAGAUGCUAAGUUCGCUAAUCAUUGCAGCACUUUUGAAGAUAAGAUGGGACCAGGACCACGGGGUGCUGACCCAAACACCCUGGUACGUACUGCUCCUAGUGCUGUUCUGCUACAACUGCGCCGCAGUUGCCUUUUCGCUAAUGGUGGCAGCGUUUUUCCGGAACGCCCUCAACGCCGUUCGGGUGUUGACAAUCCUGUGGAUAAUGUCCUACGUGCCCACCUUCAUUCUGUCGAACAGCUUGGAGGGGAAUAUACACGCCCUGCGCUACGUGUCGUAUGUGCUGCCGAAUGUGGUGGCAACUCUGGUGUUCGAAUUUCUCAUCGAACGGGAGUCGAUCGUCCAUAUUACGUGGGAGGACUCUGGGUACGCCCUCAACUAUGACGGCGGUCCCAUAACGGUGACCUCGAGCACCUGGAUCUUCAUGCUCAACUCGUUGGUUUACUGCGGGAUUGGCCUCUACGUGGACAUGUGGCGAGGUAGCGACCGUUCCGGCAAGAAGAUGAAGAAACCCAACCCGGAUGCCGGUGUACAUGAAGAUCCAUACCAGGAACGCGGGGACAGUUUCACUCAUCAGGGUCAGGCCAUUGGCGUUAACUCCACGAAAAUCUAUGAGGUGGAACCCUCCCAUCGCCGCUUCAAGCUGAAGAUCAAGAAGCUGUGCAAGCGGUUUGCUGCAAACGAUCGUCCGGCAUUGAAUCUCUUCUCGUGGAAUGUGUACGAGAACGAGGUCACCGUUCUGAUGGGCCACAAUGGCUGUGGCAAGAGUACACUGCUCAAAAUUCUAGCCGGCUUGGUGGAGCCCAGUCGAGGCACUGUGAUGAUAUCCAGCCACAAUAUACAGACCGAAAGGAAGGCGGCCUCAAUGGAGCUGGGCAUCGCAUUUGGCCUGGACAUGCUACUGACCGGCUUCACUGUCAUUGAUUAUUUGCGAUUCAUUUGCCGAGUUAAGGGACUGCACAAUAACAUCGAGAUCGAUGGACAGUCCAACUACUUUCUUAACGUCCUGCAAAUCGGAGACCUGAAGACCAAGCGAAUCCGCAAUCUCACCGAUCGUGAUUUGUGCCUAGUUAGCAUUUGCUGUGCCUUCGUCGGCAACAGUCCCAUUAUCCUCAUAGACGACGUUCACUCCGAUCUGGACAAGCGCACGCAGUCGCUGGUCUGGAACCUGAUUAACGAGGAAAAGUCCAAGCGCACCAUUAUCCUGGUGUCCAACUCGCCGGCUCUGGCCGAAAAUAUUGCCGAUCGAAUGGCCAUUAUGUCCAAUGGGGAGCUCAAGUGUACCGGAACGAAACCGUUUUUAAAGAAUAUGUACGGACAUGGCUAUCGAUUGACCUGCGUCAAGGGCAAGAACUACAAAAUGGACGAACUGUUCGGCAUGAUGAACAGCUAUAUGCCCAACAUGAGUAUCGAGAGGGAUAUUGGGUACAAAGUCACCUUCGUGCUGGAGAACAAGUACGAGGAUCAGUUCCCUAUGCUGAUCGAUGAUUUGGAGGAGAAUAUGCAGGAACUGGGUGUGGUCAGUUUUCGGAUUCGGGACACGUCGAUGGAGGAAAUCUUCCUGAGAUUCGGAUGCGAGGACAAUGACCAGAGUGGCGCCUUUCAAUCGCACGAAAACGCGCAAAUUCUGCUGGAGGAGUACUAUUCCGCCCUGGCGGAGGCCAAUGAAAAGGGUCGAAGGACUGGCUGGAAACUGUUUUUUUUGCAUGGCAGGGCUGUGAUCUACAAACGCGGGAUUGCGGCCUGCCGACACUGGAUCGUUUUGAUUUUCGAGAUUCUGGCCAUGGCUCUGGUGGCAGUGUGCACCUUCUCCAGCAUUUUCAUCUACGGCAAGAACUAUGAGUUGGCACCGCUGACCUUUAACCUCAGCCAGCUGCGCAUGGUGGACGCCUUUGUGGAGCUCUUCUCCGAGGAGGAGGAUGUCAAGGACAUGCACGCCUAUUACACGGAGCUGCUCUAUUGGUACGACGCUCAUGUGGCGACGCUGACAAGGAACCGGCAUAACGCAUACGCCCUGUUGUCCCAAAACGAGUUCACCUCCCAUGUCAACUCCCGCUACAUCUUCGGAGCCACCUUUGAUCAGAAAAUCGUCACCGCCUGGUUCAACAAUAUACCACUGCACGCUGCGCCCUACGCCCUGAAUAUUGUUCAUAAUGCGGUAGCCAGGCACUUGUUCGACGAGGAGGCCACCAUUGAUGUGACCCUGACGCCGCUGCCGUUCCGAACGACCAUCAACACCUUUCCGCCCAGCAGUCAUACCUUUGGUAGCUGUUUGGCCUUCGGCAUUUGCUUCGUGCUGACCUUUAUAUGGCCAGCAUUCUCGAUUUACCUGAUCAGCGAGCGUGGAAGUCUGCUGAAGAAGCAACAGUUCUUGGCCGGAGUCAGGGUGUGCAGCUACUGGAUGUUUACGGUGUUGUAUGAUCUGCUCUUCCUGCUGAUCUUUUGCGUGUGUGUUGUGGCCAUGGUGGCCAUAUACGAGGAUCCCAACCACGACGUUAUGCUUUACGGUUACAUAUCGAUCACGUUGAUGCUGGGAGGAUUGUGGGUGAUCCUGCUCGCGUAUUUAAUGGCGAGCAUCUGCCGGAAUCCGUGCUAUGGGUUUUUGUGGCUGUGCGGGAUUAACAGUAUUGGCCUCGUCUGCUUCUCGCAGUUCUAUAAGACUGAUCGCGAUAAUAUGCUCUUCGAGCCGACCUUUUUGGCCAUGUACACGGUUGCCACAGUAAUAUGCAAGCUUUUCAUGGUCUACGAAUUCAAACUAAUCUGCACGGAUCCCGUCGUGAAAUUCACCUCCGCCGAGGUGUUCAAGUGCAAAAGCACCCCCAAUUGCUGCAUAAAAACGGACUACGGCACUUCCACCUCGGGCAUUUACCAGGAUCUGGUUGUACUGACAAUAAUUGAUAUCAUCCUUCUGGCUUGUUUUUUUGUCUGCGAGUAUCAUUCAAUCUUGGGUUUUGCCGAAUGUCGUCUGGCUUCCAAUAAGACGGAAUCGUCGAAUAGCAAUGAAGAAAACAGUGAGUUCCCUGGCCUUUUAUCUCAGGACACUGCGGCCCUGGCAGAAAAAGAACAGGCUAGGAAUUUGAAUGAAGAGGAACGCAGCAAAUACGCUGCUAUCGGUAUUGGGAUUGUCUCAAAAUAUCGACAACACCGAGUGCUCAAUGAUCUGGACUUCACUGUGGCCAAAUCGGAGUGCCUGAGCAUCACUGGAGCGAACAACUCCGGCAAGACUACGCUGCUCAAGGUGGUGGUGAAUGAGACGAAGAUGAACGCUGGACAGCUCUGGAUCCAUGACUGCUCGGUGAACAAUCACCCUCUCCGGUGCUACCGGAUGGUGGGCUACUGUCCGCAGAAGGACAGCCUUCCGGCGGAGUUUACCCCCCGCGAAUUGCUGUACAUUCACGCCCUGUUCCAGGGCCACAGGCACCGCAUAGGCCGCGAACUGUCGGAGGCGCUGCUCCGACUGGUGGGACUAACCCCUUGCUGGAAUCGGUCAGUGCGCAUGUGCACCACGGGUCAAAUCCGGCGACUAUACUUCGCCUAUGCCGUCCUGGGAGCCCCGGAUCUCAUCUGUGUGGACGGCGUGCCCGCUGGACUGGAUCCUACCGGCAAGCGAAUCAUCCUGAUGAUGACCUCCACCAUGCAGGCGAUGGGCUCCAGUUUCUUGUACACCAUGCUCACAGGUCUGGACGCCGAGCGGCUGUCCCCGCGCACGCCACUUCUUUUAGAGGGCCAACUGUGGAUGAUACGGCCCAUGGACACGGAGAACGAGAACUACAAGAAUGGCUAUCAGCUGGAGGUUCGAUUCAAGAGGAAGGUCAAUCCCAAUGUCAGCAUGUCACGAGCCACCUGGAACCUAAUCAACCACUUUCCCAUGUCGCCGAGCAAGAAGUUCAGUGCCUUCAUGGAGAUCAAGUUUCCCGAGGCCGUGCUCAAAAUCGAAAGGGAGGACUCGAUGGUAUUUCAAAUGCCGUUGGGCACCACCACCUUCUCGGACAUAUUUCUUACACUGCGAAAAGAUGCCUUCGAAAUGAACAUAGAGGACUACUUUAUCACACGCAACAUGCUCGUGGGCUUCCAGAUCUUUACCUAUGAUCAACAUCAGGACAAUCCAUAGGUUUCACAGUUUCAAGUCAGUCUUAAACGAUUUAGUAAGAUGCAU